AUCACUUGCUGUGGCCAUUGUCUAACCACAGUUAAAUUUCUUAUUUCAUUUCGUCAAGGCCGCCAAUUUUUUGGCCAGAAAAAAAUUAUAAAAAUGGGUGUAAAAUUUCUCGAAGUACUACGACCAUUCAUUUCCGUUUUGCCCGAGGUCUCAAAGCCCGAAAGAAAGAUCCAGUUUAAAGAGAAAGUGCUAUGGACGGCAAUAACGCUCUUUAUCUUUCUUGUGUGCUGCCAGAUUCCUUUGUUUGGCAUUAUGUCGUCGGAUUCUGCCGAUCCCUUCUACUGGAUGCGAGUUAUUUUAGCUUCGAACAGAGGUAAUUGAUAACUUUUACCGGUCCAAUUUUGAUAAAGAUAGGUCAAAUAACUUUGUGAUUACAGUAUUCUUGUACGGCUUUUGGCAGGUUCCAAAAUUAUUGAAGUUGGUGAUAGUCCCAAAGACAGAGCUCUCUUCAAUGGAUCUCAGAAGUUGUUUGGCAUGAUUAUAACAAUCGGUCAAGCUGUGGUGUAUGUUAUGACUGGAAUGUAUGGUGAUCCUUCUGAUCUUGGCCCUGGUAUUUGCCUUUUGAUUAUCAUCCAGCUGUUCUGUGCAGGUCUCAUUGUUCUCUUGCUUGAUGAACUUCUUCAGAAAGGAUAUGGGCUUGGAUCAGGAAUCUCGCUAUUCAUUGCCACAAACAUUUGUGAGACCAUUGUUUGGAAAGCAUUCAGUCCAGCUACUAUUAACACUGGCAGGGGAACUGAGUUUGAGGGUGCUAUCAUUGCAUUGUUCCAUCUGUUGGCCACCAGAACAGACAAAGUGCGUGGGCUUCGUGAAGCCUUCUAUCGUCAGAACCUGCCAAAUCUCACCAACCUGAUUGCCACCAUUUUUGUCUUUGGUAUAGUCAUUUACUUCCAGGGUUUCCGUGUAGAUCUUCCCAUCAAGUCAGCUCGCUACAGAGGCCAGUACAGUUCUUACCCAAUCAAACUGUUUUACACUUCAAAUAUCCCCAUCAUUUUGCAGAGUGCCCUUGUGUCCAAUAUUUAUGUUAUUUCCCAAAUGUUGUCAGCUAAGUUUGCUGGAAAUUUCUUUGUCAGUCUACUUGGAACAUGGGAGGAAGCUGGUGGCGGACCUGCGAGAUCUUACCCCAUUGGUGGCCUCUGCUAUUACAUGUCACCUCCAGAGACAGUGAGUCACAUUAUAGAAGAUCCCAUACAUGCCGUCUUGUACAUUGUCUUCAUGUUGGGCUCCUGUGCUUUCUUCUCCAAGACAUGGAUUGAUGUGUCUGGCUCCUCAGCCAAAGAUGUUGCUAAACAGCUGAAGGAACAGCAAAUGGUGAUGCGUGGUCACCGAGAUAAAUCCAUGGUUCAUGAACUCAACAGGUAUAUCCCUACAGCUGCAGCUUUUGGUGGACUUUGUAUUGGUGCCCUUUCAGUCUUAGCUGAUUUCAUGGGGGCCAUCGGCUCUGGAACAGGUAUUCUGUUGGCUGUUACAAUCAUUUACCAGUAUUUUGAAAUCUUUGUCAAAGAGCAAAGUGAAAUGGGAGGCAUGGGAACUCUCCUGUUCUGAAAAAGCUGUCCUGCACUGUAUCAACUAUUCAGUAACUUCUACUAUUGUAUUACAUAUUCAACCCAAGAAUGGAGCUGUUUUCUCUAAAAUUCUGUUUAUUUUGUUAAUGAUAUAUGAAAUUUCACCUUGUAUUGGCUAAUUUGUGGUCUUCUUAUGUAAAGUUAAAUGUAAAACAACAGAAGCAGCAGUAACAAGAGCUACAACAACAACAACAAACCAAAGUUCCGUGAUAACAUUAAAAUUAAUACAUUUAUCUACAUUAAAUGUAUUUUCAUUUUCAAAAUGAGAAAUUUCUCCUUCCUCUCAUUUACUGAACAUUUUCAAUUUGAAAAGAAAGGACUUGAAGAUUUCUCUCAAAAAUGAUCUUAAAAUACUUGGUUAUUAACCCUUGAGAAUUGAGUCCUUUCACUGUGUUUGGGAUGCACCACUUCUAUUCAUAUCAGACAAGGCAAAUGUUAGUCUAAGAAAAUUGCUUGGAGGAUUCACUAUCCUAGUUAAAUACAAACAUGUUAUUAGUUGCAGAGAUAGUUUUGCCAUCCCGUAAACCAGGCUUAACUGUACAAAAAACUGGUGGCCGGCCUCCCAGAUACACAUGCACUAGCAAAGUUUACUUCUUCCUGUUCUUGUUGUAUCAAAUUUUAUGGUCAACUUCCUUUUCAAAGCAGAGUUGUUAAGUGUGUUUUCUUGAAUAACACUCCACUCCCUUUACUUGUAUGAUGAGCAGAGAAGCCUUGUUUCCAGUGUCUCUCCUUUCACCUCCUCACUCCUUGGAGCUUGAAAGGGGCAGGAAUAAGGUGGGAAGUAGAAGGUACUCUUCCUCACAAAUUUAACCUUGGAAAGAAGCUGGCAUUCUCAUAUUUGACUAGAUGAAUUGUUGACUACGGUCGUUGCAGUAGAUACUUUAAUUUCAAUGUCAUGUGCCUUUAUUGUAUUUCAAUACCGCAUGAUGGAAGGCCUUUUUUUUGUGAAAUUUAAAAGUGAUACUUGCAUCUUGCCCAGCUAGACAGAUGAACAAAUAAAGUUUUGUGUGAACCCAAGUAAA